CGACGGGAUACAAUAAUCACUUGCAACCUGCACGGUCUCAAACAGAGUAUGGAGAAGAGCAACGGUCGGUAGUUGAGAUCUGCCGAAUGCACAGAAGAACCACACUAGAACCGGACAGAGAAAACAACUCAAAACCUGUCAGACCAUUGGACAAGUGAACUCAAACGAGCCUGAGAGAAAACGGAACCUUUGUUUUCAGAAGCAGCAGGGAGCCGAACCGGAGGAAAAGAUGAUGAGUUUUCUGCCAUACCUCUCUGCUGAGACCUGGACCCUCCUGGCCCUCCUCAUCACCUUCAUUGUAGUGUACGGGUACUGGCCCUAUGGUGUAUUCACUAAGAUGGGUGUCCCUGGUCCCAAACCCCUACCUUACUUUGGCACAAUGAUGGAGUAUAGAAAGGGUUUCACUAACUUUGACACAGAGUGCUUUCAGAAGUACGGGAGAAUCUGGGGGAUCUAUGAUGGGAGGCAGCCUGUUCUGUGUACCAUGGACAAAAGCAUGAUCAAGACCAUCCUGAUUAAAGAGUGUUACAACAUCUUCACCAACCGCAGGAACUUCAUGUUUCUGAACGGCGAGCUGUUUGAUGCAUUGUCCUUUGCCGAGGACGAUACAUGGAGACGGAUCCGCAGUGUCCUCUCACCUUCCUUUACCUCUGGACGACUAAAAGAGAUGUUUGGUAUCAUGAAGCGGCACUCUGCUAACCUGCUGAACGGAAUGAAGAAGCAGGCAGAUAAAGACCAGACCAUCGAAGUGAAGGAGUUCUUUGGGCCCUACAGUAUGGACGUGGUCACCAGCACAGCCUUCAGUGUGGACAUUGACUCUCUGAACAACCCUUCAGACCCCUUCGUCUCCAAUGUUAAGAAAAUGAUCAAGUUUGACAUGUUCAACCCACUGUUGCUCCUAUUCGUGUUGUUUCCCUUCAUAGGUCCUAUCUUGGAGAAGAUGAAGUUUUCUUUCUUCCCGUCUGCGGUGACUGACUUCUUUUAUGCCUCGCUGGCUAAGAUCAAAUCUGGACGUGACACUGGGAACUCAACUAGUCAGGUGGAUUUCUUACAACUGAUGAUCGACUCUCAAAAAGGCAACGACACAAAGACAGGGCAGGAACAGACAAAAGGACUGACUGAUCAUGAGAUCUUGUCUCAGGCCAUGAUCUUCAUCUUCGGUGGCUACGAGACCAGCAGCACUACUAUGAGUUUCCUGGCCUAUAACCUGGCAUCCAAUCCCCACACCAUGACCAAACUGCAGGAGGAGAUAGAUGCUGUAUUCCCCAACAAGGCUCCAAUCCUGUACGAAGCUCUGAUGCAGAUGGACUAUUUGGACUGUGUGUUGAACGAGUCUCUGAGACUGUAUCCCGUCAUGCUACGACUGGAGAGGGUCGCCAAGAAGACGGUGGAGAUUAACGGCAUCGUCAUCCCCAAAGACUGCAUUGUCCUGGUUCCCACGUGGACCCUCCACCGAGACCCAGAGAUCUGGUCAGACCCUGAGGAGUUCAAACCAGAGAGGUUCAGUAAGGAGAACAAGGAGUCCAUUGAUCCGUACACGUACAUGCCGUUUGGGGCGGGGCCCAGGAACUGUAUCGGGAUGCGUUUCGCCCUGAUCAUGAUCAAACUGGCCAUGGUCGAGAUCCUCCAGAGUUUCACUUUCUCCGUCUGCGACGAGACCGAGAUCCCUUUGGAGAUGGACAUCCAGGGUCUGCUGAUGCCCAAACGACCAAUAAAACUGAGGCUGGAGCCCCGUAGCAAAACCCUUAGCAACACCACCGCCACCUCUCUGAAGAAUCCAACAUCGUUAUCAAAUGCAGGAGCACCCUAUCCAACCCUAGAGCCCCCCACCCUACCCUAGAGCACCCCACCCUACCCUGGAGUACCCCACACUACCCUAGAGUACCCUACCCUACCCUUGAGGACCCUACCCUGGAGGUCUCUACCCUAGAGGACCCUACCCUGGAGCACCCUAUCCUACCCUAGACUACCAUAAUCUACCCUACAGCACCCUACCCUACCAUAGAGGACCCUACCCUGGAGCAACCUACCCUACCCUAGAGCACACUUCUCUACCCUACAGCACACUACCCUUCCCUAGAGUACCCUACUCUACCCUGGAGAACCCUACCCUGGAGGACCCCACCCUACCCUAGAGUAACAACCCUACCCUGGAGUACCCUAACCUAGAGUACCGUAACCUAGAGCACCCCACCCUAGAGUACCCUACCCUAACAUACAGCACUCUACCCUAGAGUACCCUACCCUGGAGGACCCUACCCUAGAGCACCCACCCUACCCUAGAGUACCCUACCCUAGAGGACCCUACCCUACCCUACAGUACCCUACCCUACCCUGGAGGACCCUACCCUAGAGUACCCUACCUUAUCCUUGAGUACCUUACCCGAGAGCACCCUACCCUACCCUAGAGUACCCUACCCUACCCUAGAAUACCCUACCCUAGAGUACCCUACACUACCCUACAGUACCCAACCCUACCCUGGAGUACCCUACCCUAGAGCACCCUACCCUACCCUGGAUAACCCUACCCUAGAACACCUUACCCUACCAUAGACUACCAUACCCUAGAACACCCUACCUACCCUAGAACACCCUACCCCACCCUGUAUUUCUAAUUUCAUCCAGGUAGGCCUAAAUGUAGUGUUACUGUCACGUUCGUCGUAAAGAUGGGACCAAGGCGCAACGGGAAUGUGUAAAAUCAUCUUCUUUUAUUAUGAAGAAAAACCAAAACAAACACUUAAUCAAGACAACGA